GCCGGUGAGAGAGUCACCAUCUCAGGUCAUCUUUCACUGGUCUGGUCCACAGUCCCCCUGGACCAGUUUGGGUGGUAGCAGAGUCUUCCAGGUCUUGCAGGCAGAAGUAUUAGGGCCUCCUGGGAGGGCUUUCCAGGCAACUCAGCAGUAAAGAAUCUGCCUGCAAUGCAGGAGACCUGGGUUCGAUCCCUGGGUGGGGAAGACCCCCCAGAGGAGGGCAAGGCAACCCACUCCAAUGCUCUUGCCUGGAAAAUUCCAUGGACAGAGGAACCCGGCGGGCUACAGUCCAUGGCGUUGCAAAGAGUCAGACACGACUGAGCCACUGAGCACACACAUAUAAUGACUUGGGAAGUGAAGGUGUGCCAGACCAAUGAAGCUUCUAUUUUAGUAGCCAGCACCAAUAGGGGGCUCACCCCACUUGAAUAAAUUGACAAUGGUUUGUGUGAAGCAGAGAGAUGAGAGGAUUGGCACCAUUUCCUGAGGCUGAUAUCAUUGGGUCUGUUAUCAUCCUAGGCUUGAAAGACUAAGAAGUCAUUACUGUUGUUAGAAUCUGGAAGGGGGUGGUGUUUAGAGAGGGCUGCCUGACAGGAGCCAUGAUCUCAGGCUGAAAAAUCCACCCAACCCACAACGACACUACAGGGAGGGAGCUGGGGAAUUAAUACCCCAACUUCACUCAGUGUCCUCCCUCUGGUCUCCUGUUGGGGCUCCACAUUGACUGAACCCAGCUGGAAGGUGGGAGAUCCCACUAACAGUCCCUACAGCACAGGGCAGGGGGAGAAGGGGCGAGAAUGAAUGUGAAGAAGGAAACAGCACAAUCCACCCCUUGAGUCCGCAAUACAAAAGACACACAGUUCCCAUCUGUUACUUAAUCAUAGAAUCAUCUUGUGCUAAUGACAAGAGGUCACACACCCACAGCUUUAGAUAAUCAGUUCUUCAUGAACCACAGUGAGAGGAAGAUGGGGGAAAACCUAUAACAGGGCUACAAAGGCCCUGACUGUGUAGCUGGUGGUGAUGAGAACCGCCUUCUACCACCCCUUCUACGUUCUCUUACCACCUGCCAACACCUCUGGACAUCGCUGGGACACAAGUCUUCAUCCUUAAGGGAAUCCCCAACUGGAAGCUUUUCACAUAUUUUCACAUAAAGUUAAGAGUUUCACCAACACCAUUCUUACUGUGGCAUUUUCUCUAUGAAAAAUAAAUACUCAGUUAUACCACAAAACUCACAGAAACAAUAUCAAGUCUGAAAGAACACAUGGCAUCUUCGUUACAUCCAGAAAACUUAUAUAUCCUGCCAAUUCUUCCAAACAUCUCUAAAAGAAGCCAUGGGAGCCUGUCACUUUCAGGGUCUGCUGCUCCUCUUUCUUGUAGGAGCUCCGACCUUGAUCAUGGCACAGAAAUUGUUUUGUCAAAAGGGUACUUUUGUGGGUAUCCAAGAGAAUCCAGCAAACACGUUCAACUGGACCUCAAAGAAAGUUGAGACUUGUGACAAUGGGGCAUUGUGCCAGGAAACCAUCCUGCUGAUCAGCGCUGCAGGGACCAAGGCAGCUAUUUUGGCCACUAAGAGCUGCAGCUUUGAUGGGACACCGGCAAUAACGUUUAUCCAGCACUCUGCAGCCCCAGGCCUAGUUGCAAUCUCUUACAGUAACUACUGCGAGGAUCCCUUUUGCAAUAACAGAGAGGGAUUAUAUGAUAUAUGGAGGACACAAGAGACUGAAGAAGAAACCAAAGGGACAACAGGCCUCCGCUGCCCCACCUGUCUGGCUCUGGGAUCCUGUUUAAGUGCUCCUUCUCUUGCCUGCCCCAACGAUACAGAUCGAUGCUAUCAAGGGAAACUUGAGGUCUCUGAAGGAAACAUCAACUCAGUUUUGGAGAUCAAAGGCUGUACAUCCAUCAUUGGUUGCAGGCUGAUGGCUGGGGUCUUUAAAGUAGGACCCCUGUGGGUGAAGGAAACUUGCCCCUUCAGGUCCAUCUCGGCCCGAAAGGUUGACAGUGGGGCCACGUGGUUUCACACUUCAGUUUGGAAGUUAAAGCUAUUGCUGAUGAUGUUACUGCUUGUCCUUGGAGGGAGUGCUUCUGGUCCCUAAUCACCUCUUCAGACUGGUCAUCAGCAGCUUGAGGAGCAGGUGGAGAUUUGAAGAGCAGUUCCUGUGAAUGUAUUUGACAUUUCUAAUAAAGUUUCUGCUGUAAUUUGUG